UACACUUCUGCGCAUCAGCAAAACCGUAGCCAUGUCCCCCUCAACCCGACGAACACGGACCAGCAAGCCCAAGUCCCGCAAAGGCUGCAUAACCUGCAAAAUCCGCCACGUCAAAUGCGACGAAGCGAAGCCCGAAUGCGAUCAAUGCACGCGCACCGGCCGCAAAUGCGACGGCUACACGAACGCCUCGCAAAUGCAGCUACGCCAAGCCAUCAUCCAGUCCCCCCCGCGGCGGCCCAACGGACACCUGGGCGCCGAUCGGCGGAUCGUGCUUGUCCCAGGGACGCGUGAGGAGCGACAAUAUGUCCAGUUUUUCUGCGUGCGGACGACGCGCGCGCUGUCGGGCUUCUUCCCCUCGGGGUUUUGGGCCCGGGAUCUACCGCAGCUAAGUUACCGGAAUGCGGCCGUGCGCCAUGCUGUUGCUGCUGUUGGGGCGCUGCAUCUGCGGCAGCUGCAGGGUCGGCUGGGAUCUCAGGGUGGGGGGUUGGGUGGGGAUGAUGCCUUUACGCUACAGCAGUAUAACAAGUCUAUCCAGACGUUUCUGCAGCAGAUGGGAAGCGGCAACGAGAUGGAAGCUGACCUGAUGCUAAUACAAUGUCUUCUAUUUGUUUGUUUGGAAAUGCUGCAGGGAAACUCCAAGCAAGCGAUGAACCAUGUGGAGGGGGGCUUGCGGAUCUUAUCGAGACAAGUCCAGAACAGUAGCCUCGACAGAAGUCUGUAUCAAUUCUUCUGUCGGCAGGUGAAUCAGCUAUCGUACUUCGGUCGGCCAUUGACGCCGUUGAUAGAUACUGUAUCAAAAGACUUCGCGAACGUCACAUCGAGUGGAAGGCUCGUGUUCGACCACAUAGACCAGGCACGAGAUUGCUUAACAAACAUCACAACUCGAUCUCUGUGCCUCAUUCGCUCCGUACAGCGUCACGUCUGUGCGACCCCACAACACCCACUACAUCCACAGCAACUCCAGCAGCAACUGGCACUGUUGCGGGAAUGUCACGCAUGGCUCCAGGCCUUCGAAGCCCUGGGAAAAAAGCCCGCAGCGACCAGUGGGAUGCUCGAUCCACGUGCGCCGCUUUCCAUGACGUGCCAGUACUACACCGCAAUCACAUGGCUGAGCACCUGCACCUCGCUGGAUGAGAUGAACCUGGACCGGUUCCACGAAAACUUCGAAGCCGUAGUGUCGGCGGGAGAGAGGCUCAUCGAGCUAUGUGCUGCUGAUCAGCCCAACUCGAGCACGGAGCACUUCUUCCUUGACGCCGACGUCAUGCCAGUCCUGUACUGGACGGUUCAGCGGUGUCGGGAUCCGCUCUUGCGACGCAGAGCCCUGCGUGCGUUGUCGACAUACCCUGCCAGGGAAGGAAUGUGGGAUAAAGGACUGCAUAUUGCGGUCGCACGGAGGUUUGUGGCGUUAGAAGAGGCGGCUGUGACGCAUCUGCCCGUCGCGCAGAGGUUUCCAAUGCCACAGCACCGAGUGUAUGAUGCGAUGAUCGCCAGCGAACGCGAGUCACGUGGUAAGUGUAGCCCUGUGCUUUUCCGGUCUAAGCCGCAUGGCGUCGACGGACCUUGGGAGAAUAGGUGGGAGAUUGUAUGUUGGUGA